AUGGCCUGUUGUCGGCGGAAGCGACUGAAACUUUUCGUCAGCGGCGCCGCCUUCUUGGCUGUUCUUUUUGUCUACUUCUCCGGAGGAGAAUUUGACGUUUCCCACCCCGCCGCCGCGGAGUUUUCAGACCAAGUGGACUUAAAGAGGCCGGUGUACGAGAAGCCCCCGCUGGUAUCGGACGCCCCCGGGGAGCUGGGCAAGGCUGUGGAGUUGGAGCUUAACGACGAAGAGAAGCUGAAACAAGAAGAGAGCAUCAACAAGCAUCAAAUCAAUAUUUACGUCAGUGACAGGAUCUCACUGCAUCGCCGCUUGCCGGAAAGGUGGAACCCGCUUUGCAGAGACGUGCACUACGACUACCAUUCCCUGCCGACCACCUCGGUGGUGAUCGCUUUCUACAACGAGGCCUGGUCCACGUUGCUCCGAACGGUCCACAGCGUCUUAGAGACAACGCCGGACAUUUUACUCAAAGAGUUGGUCCUUGUGGAUGACUACAGUGACCGAGAUCACCUGAAGGAGCCUUUGGAGAAGUAUCUGUCCAAUUUGCGGAAGGUGCGACUGAUUCGGGCCACUAAGCGGGAAGGCCUGGUGCGAGCCCGCCUCUUGGGGGCGUCCGUCACCACUGGCGAUGUUCUGACUUUCCUGGAUUGCCACUGCGAGUGCCACGAAGGCUGGGUGGAGCCUCUUCUCCAAAGGAUCAAGGAGGAGCCGAAGGCCGUGGUGUGUCCCGUCAUCGACUCCAUCGAUUGGAACACCUUCAAAUAUCUCGGCAACCCUAACGACCCUCAAGUUGGCGGCUUCAACUGGGGGAUGGUCUUCACGUGGCACUUCAUCCCCGAACACGAGAUGAAACGGCGGCGUUCGCCCAUCGAUGUUGUCAGGUCUCCCACUAUGGCCGGUGGUUUGUUUGCCAUCCUUAAGAGCUACUUCGCCUACUUGGGCACGUAUGACACGGGAAUGGAGGUGUGGGGAGGAGAGAACCUGGAAUUCUCCUUCCGGAUUUGGCAGUGCGGCGGCAGCCUGGAGGUCCACCCGUGCUCCCACGUGGGCCACGUGUUCCCCAGGAAAGCGCCUUAUUCGCGCAGCAAAGCGUUGUCGAACAGCGUGCGCGCCGCCGAAGUGUGGCUAGACGAGCACAAAGAGAUCUACUACCACCGAAACCCGCACGCCCGAAGGGAGUACUUUGGCGACGUGUCAGAGCGCCGCCAGCUGCGAGAGAAGCUCGGCUGCAAGAGCUUCAAGUGGUACCUGGAUAAUAUCUACCCCGAGCUUCACGUCCCGGAGGAUCGGCCCGGUUUCUUCGGGAUGCUGAGAAGCGGAGGAAAGGCCAACCUUUGUUUUGACUACAACCCGCAAGGCGAGAGCAACUCCUUCGGCAGAAGAGUCACUCUGUACCGAUGUCACGGGAUGGGGCAGAACCAGUUCUUUGAGUACUCGUCGGAAGGUGAGAUCCAUUACAACAUGAGGGGCUCCACCGCCUGCGUAGAAGGAGACAACAUUAGCACCUAUUUGACAGUUCAGGAGUGCAGCCAACGCGGCAAGCCUGUUCUCGCGCAUCAAAAGUUUCUCCUCAGAGAGGAUGGCAGCCUGCUGCACGUGGCAAGCCAGAAAUGCGUGGAAGCGCUGGCUCUGACGGACGACCACGUGCCGGCGCCUUCUCUGCAGCGUUGCUCCUCAAGCCCGCUCCAAAAUUGGUCCUUUCAAGAGAGCCUUUAA